CCGUGAGAUCCUUGCCCGUCCCUGGCUCCACUUGUGACUGAGCAUGUGUAUGCGUUAGCAACUAGCAUCCAGAAAUGGCCGCAGACAAGCAAAACGAAGGGAAAGUUGUCCCCGCGGAUGAAAAUAAGAAGAAUUCCUCAGACGGAGGACUCGGACUGGAGAUCCUGCAAAUCAUCAAGGAGUCCCAGCAGCAGCAUGGCCUCAGACACGGAGACUACCAGAGAUACAGGGGCUACUGCUCUCGCAGGCUGCGUCGCCUGCGCAAGACCCUUGGCUUCAAGAUGGGAAAUAGACACAAGUUUGUUGGGAAGAAAAUAACUGUCGAAAUGCUUUCUGACAGCAGGUACCUAUUGCUGGUUUUGAUGGAGGCAGAACGUGCAUGGAGCUAUGCCAUGCAGCUGAAGCAGGAGGCCAAUACAGAGCCACGUAAACGCUUCCACCUGCUGGCACGUCUACGAAAGGCUGCCAAGCACAGUGAGAAGCUGGAGAAGCUCUGUGAAAGCCCCCGAGUCGAUGCUAAGACCAAACUGGAGGCACAGGCCUACACUGCUUACCUCGGUGGCAUGGUAGAGUUUGAACUGCAGGAAUGGAAGCGUGCCAUGGAGGCCUUCAACAAGUGCAAAACAAUCUAUGAGAAACUAGCCAGUGCUUUCACAGAGGAGCUGGCAGUUCUGUACCGCCAGCGUGUGGAUGAGAUAUCGCCCAACAUCCGCUACUGUGCUUACAACAUUGGUGAUCAGAACGCCAUCAAUGACUUGAUGCAGAUGAGACUGACUGGUGGAGGAGGAGGCAUGAUGGCUGAGAAACUGGAGUCCCUGAUCACUCAGGCAAGAACCAAGCAAGCAGCAACCAUGAGUGAGGUGGAGUGGCGAGGCCGGGUGGUGCCCGUCAAGAUCGACAAGGCCCGCAUCUUCCUGUUGGGUCUGGCAGACAACGAGUCAGCCAUAGCUCAGGCAGCUAAUGAGGAGACCAAAGAGCAUCUCUAUGAGACCCUGCUGGCCGAGUGCAGAGACACCAUCCAGGCUGUGAGAGAGGAACUCAAGAGUGAGGCGAAGCAGCGAGAGAGAAGCUCUGAUGCAGACAGUGGUAAAGUGUCACAACUGCAGUUCCUGCACAGUUACCUGACCUACAUCAAGCUGUGCACUCUGGUGAAGAGGAAUGAGAGCAUGGCCCACACUCUUCAGGCAAAACUGAAGGAGCCCGAGACUGACGAGAGCAAGAGGGGCCCCCGUCCUCAGGACCUGAUUCGCCUGUACGACAUCAUCCUGCAGAGUCUGGCUGAGCUCUCCACCCUGCAGGGUCUGGAGGAUGACCACACCUUCCAGAAGGAGGUGUCCCUCAAGACAUUAGUCUACAAGGCUUAUAGGUGUUUCUUCAUAGCCCAGUCUUAUGUGCUGGUGAAGAAGUGGAGUGAGGCGCUGGUGCUGUAUGAGAGGGUGCUGAAAUACGCCAAGGAGGUCCAGUCUAAAGCCAAGAACCUCAACAACAGCCUCAAAGAUCUCCCUGAUGUUCAGGAGCUGAUUGCAGAGGUCAAUGCUGAGAAAUACUCACUUCAAGCUGCUGCCAUUUUAGACACAGAUGAGUCCGCUGAAGUUCCUUCUCAGCUGCAGGUGAAAGACAACAGGCCCCUCUGUGAACGACUGGAGACCUUCCGCCUUGACACCACCCUCGUAGGAAAGCAUCCCAAUCUGGUCCAGUUCCCCCCUGACUUCCAGCCAAUCCCCUGCAAGCCCCUGUUCUUUGACCUUGCUCUCAACCAUGUGGCCUUCCCACCGCUGGAUGACAAGGUGGAGCAGAAGGGCAAGGGCGGUCUGACUGGCUACAUCAAGGGCAUCUUUGGCUUUGGCAGCUAAAUCAAACCAACCAGGCUUCGGCCCCCACAUGAGAACCACAAGACCCAGAGUUUACCACAAGCAACCGGACUUGGGUCAGUUAAUGAUUAGAAUAAUUUCCGUAACUUUUAUUGUUUUCAUUUGUGGUGCCUAAGUGCAAGAUAUGUGGAGUUGGUGGCUCUGGGGUCUAAUCGGUGGGUCUAACCUUUUGAAGAAACAUGACAGAAAAGUUCAGAAUCAGUUUCAAAUAGCAAUAUGACCCAAGUCCAUCUGUUUACCUCUCUUAAUAACACCAGGCUGCUUAGGCUCACACAUACCAACUCCAUCAUUAACUUGAGCUGUGUAGCCAUGGUCAUGAUGCCAACAGUGAUGUUGUUCAUCUCAAAAUCUUGUCAGAGUAAACUAAGGUACUUUGGCAUCACUGGCAUUUUUUAUUUUCAGUGUUACAUAAGCGCCUUCAUUUAAUUGUCUUAAUUUUUUCUUUCUGUGUGUUUUAGCAUUGUUUCUUAAAUCUCAAAUGUACAAAGAGAUAAUCUGUGACCUGUAGCUGACAAGGGACAUAGUUCUGCUGUGUCCCAGCUUUUUUUUUUUUCCACCUUUACCAUUGUCUCUCCUCUUGAACCCCAUAAACGCUGGGAUUAGUAAUCAUGAAAAUCCAGUAACACAGGCUACACUACAAAAAGUGGAACCCAUACAUCCUACCCUCUCCCAUCAGCCCUCUCGUCAAAGCUCACUCUCAGCCUGACAACUGCUAGAAGCUAACUUCUGGCUAUCAUCUCAGCUUCAGGGGUGUAUUUCUCUCAGGCUUAUGAAGACCCCGGUCAUGCCAUGUGAGAGCAAGUCAGGGUGCACGCAGGCAGGUAGGCAGGUUGAUUAGUGACAGGUACGCCAGCCAAUCAUUUCAUUCAGUCCAAAUGAAUUAAUAGGUCGUGUGUAUUACAGUCCUGCAAGCUCCAUAAAGUGUUGCAGUGACAAAUGACCAACCGGACCUUUUACCACAUUACCUACGACACUACAGGCCAGUACUGCAACAGGAAAACUACAUGACAAGCUGCUAAAAAGCACAGGAAGUAAGAUAUCUUGACAUGUUUGUUGUUCUGUCUUUUGUAAUCGGCUCCUGAACCAUAUAAAUUAUGAGUGCGGUUAUGUUACCUCUUCAAACAGAGAAUAUAGAAUUAUGAAAAGAGUUGUCGGAAAAACUGUGAUACAGCUCGAUUUAAGUUUUAGAUGCAUCAACAGGAAGAUGGAGGACGAAGCCAUGAAUCAAAGAGUGAAAUGAUUGUUUUCAAAAAGUAGCUGAUUGAUUCAUUGUUUUAAUUUAUUAAUAUCCAAAGCAACUUGUUGUGCUGUUUGUUGUACUGUGUGACAUGUUGUAUUGAACUUAUCAUAAUGUCAGUCAGGGGUCCAACAGCUUCAGCUCGUGUAGACAUCCACACAAAACUCACAUUUUUAUUACCCCUCUCUACCAUUUAAGCCACUUUUUGUUCCCCUACAAAGGAUGGCGACCGUGUUGUACCCAUACUGAGUAAAGUUCAAAUGACUGUGAGUUCUACUUGUUUUUAUUUACAUUUUAGCCAAUUUACUGCAGUGGACAGUCAGGACAUGGGGGAGUUUUAAGCAGCUGUUGAUUAAUCUCACCACCACUGCUCGUCUUUGUCCAUCAUCAGUAGGACUGAACCAGUUCAUGUUUAUACUGUUUUGUCAUCAGCUGUUUGUCAGUCAUGAUGUGGAUUCACAUCAUCUCUGUACACCAAAGCCCCUCAAUUCCUCUGAUCCUUAGGGCACCUGCUUUUCUCUAGCUUAGACCGUUUCACUCACCCACGUUAACUGUUAUGCCUGCUAAUUUUGAUCAAUGUAUGUUUUUCUUUUCCUCUCCUACUCCUCUGUUUUUUUUGUUUAUGAAUUAAGAUGGAGGUGCUGGAAAGGUCCUGGCACUCAACCUCAAACAGCCUGAGAAACGAUUAGUUGAUGAAUAAUUCAGAUAAUGAGAGAAUGUAUCAUUUGAUUUAGUCUCCAGGUCUAUCAAUAAAUAUAUUUGCACCAAA